GGAGCCCGGCGGGGAGGCCGUCCCUCCUGCAGCCCAGGGACCUCACAGCAAGUCCUGGAGCGGCCGGCUGCUCUCGACGCCCAGCGACGGAGCCGCGACUAGGCCCUGGCCUCACCGAAAGGCUGUGAGGGAGAUGGAAGGGACGGAGACCCGACACCGGAGGCUGGAAGGCUGUGCCAGGCCCGAGGAGCCGGGACCGCCCUGGCCCGUCAGCCCUGGAAGAGGGGCCGAGGAAUCCGAGGACGCGCACCGGGGGGCCCCCGAGCCGCCCGCCCCGCCCGUGGAGGUCGAGCCCCGCCGGGAGACCGCCGUGACCAUCGGCACGCAGGUGGUGGUGCCCUUCCUGCUCGCAGGCCUGGGGCUGGCCUGGGCCGGCCUGCUCCUCGACUACUUCCAGCACUGGCCAGUGUUUGUGGAGGUGAAAGACCUGCUGACGCUGGUGCCGCCCCUGGUGGGCCUGAAGGGGAACCUGGAAAUGACGCUGGCGUCGCGGCUCUCCACCGCGGCCAACACUGGGCAGAUCGAUGACCCCCAGGAGAAACGCAGGGUGAUCAGCAGCAACCUCGCCCUGGUGCAGGUGCAGGCCACCGUCGUGGGGCUCCUGGCGGCCACGGCCGCCCUGCUGCUGGGCGCGGUGUCUCGGGAGGAGCUGGACGUGGCCAAGGUGGCCCUGCUCUGCGCCAGCAGCGCCCUCACCGCGUUCCUCGCCGCCUUCGCCCUCGGCCUGCUCAUGGUCUGCAUAGUGAUGGGCGCUCGCAAACUGGGCGUCAACCCGGACAACAUCGCCACGCCCAUCGCGGCCAGCCUGGGAGACCUCAUCACCCUCUCCAUUCUGGCCUUGGUCAGCAGCUUCCUGUACCAGCACAGAGACGCCUGGUACCUGGCGCCCCUGGCCUGCGCCGGCCUCGUGGCCCUGACCCCGCUCUGGGUGGCCGUGGCCCAGCAGAACCCACCCGUCGUGAACAUCCUCAAGUUCGGGUGGCUCCCCAUUGUGCUGGCCAUGGUCAUCAGCAGCGUGGGCGGACUCAUUCUGAGCAUGACGGCACAGAAGCAGCAGUUCCAAGGCAUGGCCAUCUUCACGCCCGUCAUGUGUGGAGUUGGUGGCAACCUGGUGGCCAUCCAGACCAGCCGAGUCUCUACCUUCCUGCACAUUUGGAGCACCCCCGGUGUUCUGCCCCUCCAGAUGAAAAGGUUCUGCCCAAACCCCUGCUCCACUUUCUGUACCUCAGACACCAACGCCACGUCGGCGCGCGUGCUGCUCUCGCUGGCGGUCCCCGGCCAUCUCGUCUUCUUCUACAUCAUCCGCCUGGCGGAGGGCCCGGCGCUCACGCUCAGCGCCACCUUCGUGGCGCUCUACCUGCUGGCCGGCCUGCUGCAGGUGGCCGUCCUGCUGUUCCUGGCCGAGGUGACGGUUCGGCUGGCGUGGCGCCAGGCCCUGGACCCCGACAACCACUGCAUCCCCUACCUCACGGGGCUGGGGGACCUGCUGGGCACCGGCCUGCUCGCCCUCUGCUUCUUCCUGGACUGGCUGCUGAGGAGCCGGGAGGAAGCGGCCCCCGGGCCCCCCUGACGGACGGCCCGCACCCCGCCUGCGAGCGGCGCGCGGCCGCGACCCUUCCACCGCGGGCCCGGCCCGGCCCGGCCGCCCUGCCGGGGACCGGCCCCGCAGGCCUGGGCUCGGCGUGAGGAGGCCGCGCGGACCCGGCCCCCGGGGCCCCGGCAGGGUCCGGCGGGAGGCGCGGGCGCCCGGGCCGCUCCCCGCGGCCCUGCACCCCACCGCCGCCCCCAGCCCGGGGCGCGGCCUCGGCUCGCUCCCGGUUUUCCUUUCUUCCUUGUUGUCUUUUAAAACGCAAAGCCCCCGUUUGGAUUUCCAUUUCCAUGACGCAUAAAAUAAAACCCGGUGACGCUGUGCGCA